AUGCCAACUGACACAAUCUAUCUCAGUCUGUUCAUAUCUAUCUAUCUAUCUAUCUAUCUAUCUAUCUAUCUAUCUAUCUAUCUAUCUAUAUCUGUUCAUAGCUAUCUAUCUAUCUAUAGUUUGUUCAUGGCUAUCACAGUCUAUUCAUACCUAUCUAUUUAUCUUUCUAUCUAUAGUCUGUUCAUAGCUAUCUAUCUAUCUAUACUAUCUAUCUAUAGUUUGUUCAUGGCUAUCACAGUCGAUUCAUACCUAUCUAUUUAUCUUUCUAUCUAUAGUUUGUUCAUAGCUCUCUAUCUAUCUAUCUAUCUAUCUAUCUAUAUUGUUUCUCCAUCUAUCUUCUUCUUCUCUCUCUAUCUUUCUCUCUUUUUAUUUUUGUGGAUCUUUCUCUUCUCUCUCUCUCAAUCUGUAUGCCCUCUGUGUAAUCAUCUCUCUAUGCCUGUCUACAUAUCACCUUUUUCGUCUGCUGCUUCUUCUCUCUAUGUGUACGUAAUUGUCUGCUUCUCUUCUCAUUUUUUAUCUAUGCGUGCUCUUCUCUCUCUCUCUCUCUCUCUCUCUCUCUCUCUCUCUCUCUACCUAUCAUUAUCUUUUUCUUUGGUUGCUUCUUUCUUUCUAUCUCUCUCUGUUUCUCCAUCUCUUUGUGAUUGUAGUCGCUCAUAA